AUUGUUGAAAACUCAAUAAAAUAAAACAGAAAAAUCCAUCCAUUCAAUCAAUCAACCACUGGAGCAGGCCAAGUCAAAGUCUUCCAUUUCCUUUUGCGUUCCACUUCACCUCCGUCGCAUUAUAAUCCAUUUCCACACACGAAACCCAAACACACUCCAAUCCCAACCUUGACAACACCUAUCAUUACCAUAAAUACAUGCAUCCAACCAACACCAGCAUCUUCACAUGUACACACGUCCAAUUGAAAAAUCAAACAAACAACAAAACAUGUUCCUAAAAACGGAGUUUUUGCUCCUAAUCCUCACCCUUGUUUUAACAACCACCACCACAGCCAUAAACCCAGGUUCCACCCUCUCUGCCUCUUCCAACCAAACAUGGCCUUCGACCAGCGCCACCUUCUCCCUCCGCUUCAUCUCUGUUCAGCCACCAACCUCUCCCCCUUCCUUCACCGCCGCAAUCGUCUACUCCGGCGGCGCCCCCGUCGUCUGGUCUGCCGGAAAUGGCACCGCCGUUGACUCCGGUGGGUCCCUCCAAUUCCUCUCAUCCGGUGCCCUCCGCCUCGUCAACGGAUCCGGCGCCACCGUCUGGGACUCCGGCACCGCCAACCGCGGUGCUACGUCAGCAACUCUCGAAGACAGUGGCAAUUUGGUAAUUUCAAACGGUACGGGUACCCUCUGGUCCAGCUUUGACCACCCCACUGAUACUCUUUUGCCCUCUCAGAAUUUCACCGUUGAUAAGGUUCUCACAUCUGAACGUUACUCCUUUAGUCUUAGUCGAAUUGGCAAUUUAACAUUGAAGUGGAACAAUAGCAUAUUGUUUUGGAACCAGGGUUUGAAUUCUUCUGUGAAUGUGAGUUUGAAUGCUCCUGUGUUGGGGUUAACAUCAAUUGGGAUUUUGCAACUUUCUGAUUUGAAUUUGAACACUUCUGUUGUUGUUGCUUAUAGUAGUGACUAUGCUGAGGGGGGUAGUGAUAUUUUGAGGGUGUUGAAGUUGGAUAAUGAUGGGAAUUUGAAGAUUUUUAGCAGUAGUAAGGGUAGUGGAAUUGCUACUGUCAGAUGGGCUGCAGUUCAGGAUCAGUGUGAGGUUUAUGCUUACUGUGGGAACUAUGGAAUAUGUAGUUACAAUGAUUCCAAUCCAGUUUGUGGGUGCCCGUCGGAGAAUUUCGAGAUGGUUGAUCCAAGUGACAGUAGGAAAGGGUGUAGGAGGAAGGUGAGUCUAGAUACUUGUCAAGGGAAUGCAACUAUGUUGACUUUGGAUCAUGCUCAGUUUUUGACUUAUCCACCUGAGCUUCAGUCAGAUAUUUUUUUCAUUGGUAUAUCGGCUUGUAGAGGAAAUUGCCUUUCAAACUCGCCUGGCUGUUUUGCUUCUACUUCCUUGUCGGAUGGGACGGGGCAAUGUUACAUUAAAUCCGUAGAUUUUGUUAGUGGAUAUCAUAAUCCUUCCUUGCCUAGUACUUCGUAUGUCAAAGUGUGUCCACCACUGGCACCGAAUCCACCACCCUCUUUGGGGGAGACUGUGAGGCAAAAGAGUACGAGGGUACCUGCUUGGGUUGUAGUGGUUGUUGUUUUGGGUACCCUUUUAGCUUUGAUUGCCUUUGAAGGUGGUUUAUGGAUGUGGUGUUGUAGGAACAGCACGAGGUUUGGUGGAUUGUCUGCUCAGUAUGCUCUUCUUGAGUAUGCUUCCGGUGCGCCUGUGCAGUUCUCAUACAAGGAACUCCAGCGUGCAACAAAGGGGUUCAAGGAGAAGCUAGGAGCUGGUGGAUUUGGUGCAGUGUACAGAGGAACUCUUGUUAAUAAAACUGUUGUCGCAGUGAAGCAACUUGAGGGUAUUGAGCAAGGUGAGAAACAGUUUAGGAUGGAAGUUGCCACUAUAAGUAGCACUCAUCAUCUGAAUUUGGUGAGACUAAUUGGCUUUUGCUCAGAAGGUCGCCACAGGCUUCUAGUUUAUGAGUUCAUGAAAAAUGGAUCUCUUGAUAAUUUUCUAUUCCCGACAGAACAUUCAGGAAAAUUUUUGAAUUGGGAGUAUCGAUACAACAUUGCCCUGGGCACUGCAAGAGGCAUCACAUACCUUCAUGAGGAGUGUCGUGACUGCAUAGUUCACUGUGAUAUAAAACCCGAAAAUAUUCUCUUGGAUGAGAAUUAUGUUGCCAAAGUCUCUGAUUUUGGCCUUGCAAAGCUCAUUAACCCAAAGGACCAUAGGCAUCGGACCUUAACAAGUGUGAGAGGAACUAGAGGAUAUUUAGCCCCAGAGUGGCUUGCAAAUCUUCCCAUAACAUCCAAAUCUGAUGUUUAUGGCUAUGGCAUGGUUUUGUUGGAGAUUGUGAGUGGAAGGAGGAAUUUUGAUGUCUCAGAUGAAACAAAUAAGAAGAAGUUCUCUUUGUGGGCCUAUGAAGAGUUUGAGAAAGGUAACAUCAGUGGGAUUUUGGACAAAAGACUAGCUGACCAAGAAGUUGACAUGGAGAAACUGAAAAGAGCAAUUGAGGCAAGCUUUUGGUGCAUCCAAGAGCAGCCAUCUCAGAGACCAACAAUGAGCAAAGUGGUGCAAAUGCUAGAAGGGGUAACAGAGAUUGAGAAGCCACCUGCCCCAAAAUCAGUGAUGGAAGGACAUGUUAGUGGAACCAGCACAUUCCUAAGUAGCAAUGCCAGUGCUUUCUCCACAGUUGGAGUUUCCCCACAUGGUCCCUCAUCAUCAUCAUCAUUUCAAACUAGUGGUGUUUCAACCUUCACCUCAGGAAGGAACCCUGAAAAGGCAACUUUAAUCCUUUUACAAUCAGAAACAUGACUGAAAUUGCUUCCCUUUUUUUCCUUUUUCAUAUUACCAGUCAGAAUCAGUUCAAAGUCACAUUCAUUUGGGAUUUGAUGCUGGAACAGCAGAGGUAAGCUUUGCUGAUCAAGCCAUGUAUGAUAUGAUAUUGAUUAUAUACUAUAUUUCAUUUUUCUUUCCUUUACCCUUGUCAUUGUAUACUAGCUCAAACUAGGAGAGUUUAAAGAUAAAGUUGAAGCAAUUAUCUGUUUCAAUUCCUGAAGUUUUGCUUGUGUAUAAGAGUAUAUCCAUCUGAUGAAGACGUUUCCACAACAAUGUGUACAAUUUUAUUUACAAUAAAACAGCUGAUCCUCAUUGGUUGUUUAAUUUAUGUAUUUUCCAAUACUGCCAAAAUUCCUGUACCAGCAUAGUGAUUUUGUGAUUCUAGUCGUGAUAACGUUGUUGUCUUGCAUAAUAUGUUGUCAGUUUCUAGUUGUGUAAUCAGUCCCCUCCCCUUUACAUUGAUAAAGUUGCAUAUAUCCGAUGACAGAUGGGAAAAUGACUA